UGUGCUAAGAAAUUUAUCUGCAAGAAGUGUCUCUUAGUUGACUUCUCGGAGCUCGGGAGAUUGAAAACUUUCGAGUCGUGAAGACAUCGCGGCUUGGAGAGUUGAUCCCACGAGGCUGGCUCGUCCAAAAUUCGGUCCAAGGCGCCACCUUGUUAUCUACAGCUUGAAAGGGUAGACGGAACGCAGCAAAAUCUCAAAUUCUGGACUUUAUAGUUGAGAAGUGAAGGUUCAGAUCGGCACCUCCGAAGCUCCCUUCUGUGGCGGAAUCUGAUGAUGUAUUAAAAGAUGUCGGGCAGCGGUUCCACUUCCGCUAUACGUGCAUUCUCCGAAGACAACUCCUCAGGAAAGAGGCCCUUUGAUGAAGAAACAAUCUAUUCUGAUUGCAAGCGAGUUAAGAGCCACGAAUCCCGCCCAAACCCCGAGGGUAACGACCUUGAGAGCUGUAUUAUAGUGGCCUACAGCGCAGUGCGUGAACAAAACCAUCAAAGCCUCCGAUCGAAGGUCGCAAAAUGUCUCUCGCCAGAGUGUGUUUCUAAUAGUUCGGUUCCCCAGUCGAAUAUCAUCUCCAAAUUGAGUCGGAGAGCAUUGGAUCACAAGUCCGAUAGCACGGAGUGGAAGAGUGAGAGAGCUCUACGAAAGCGCGAAUCGACAACGACGGAUGCGACAAAUUUCAAAGAUUAUCUCGGGGACGACAAAUUACCAUUUGAGAGGGCAGCUCAUUCUUCGCCGUCUGUCUCAGUGGCGCCAUCGUCCAGCAAAGAUCGCGGUGACGGUGAUAUUCGCCAUUCGAACCCAGCUCACGAGCCCCACGAAAGGCUCUGCAUGUCUGGCUCCGAGUACUCGAUGAGUCUUCACAGUGACGGACCUCGAAGCCCUGACCUUGCAACCCCCAAAUCCAUAUCAGAUUCUAGUGAGAACAGUUCGGUCGCUUGCUCUUUAUCCCCGAGAUCACGCACUUCUUUUCAGGUGCCUUCUCUACUCCGUUCAGGGGACCAAAAACAGUCUCCCUCGUCAUUGGCUGAGCGGAUGCAGCGAACGCCGCUGCCAACUAGGAAAGAAUCUAACUCCACGAGAAACCUUGUCGAAACCAAGCAGGAUAUGGAACUGAACAGUCAACAAACACCUAUGGUUCACCGCCCAGGCCAGGCCGAACCAGCUGGUAGUUUACAGCAGCAUUCUACUGAUCUAACAGUCGACACGAAUCUUAAACGAAAAAGCUUGGAUUCCCGGCGUGUCUCAUCAGACUCAAUUUACGCGGACUCCCCUCAAAUGAAGACAUUGAGCAUUGGUGGGAAUUACUCGGGACAUCGAUCACCAAGUGCUGCAUCAUCUUGUGAUAUUGUUGGUACAGGUGCUAGGUCUCAUUCUGGACCUCGUUCGCCAGCCUCAAUAGUCUUGAUUCCAGAUGACCCAGGGACUCUCCCAAGAAAAAGAGUUACUUUGGGGGCGCAAGAGAGAAUAACGAGAGGAGCACCUUCAGGAAGUUACACCGUCUUUUCGUCAAACUUAACAGCCUUGAGCUCGGAAUCAGCUGACUGGGGUCAAGAUGCCGGCAGCAAGAUUGUGAAGCGACGAGGUAGAAAGCCUUCGAAUAUCACUACUGCUGGACGGCGUCAGUUGAAUGAUAACACUCCUGCCACUAGGCUUUCGGACCAGAUCAGCCUGACCAACAGCCCAAAGCAGGACAGCAACACAAAUGGGCCACCACGCGAACUGCCGUCCCUUGAUCAUACACCGCGAACAGUAUUUCCGAGCCUGGAUGCAGCUCAACCUUGUGCAAGAACACCGCUCAUAAAUCAACUAGCAAACAUCCCUCCCAAAUUUCAUCACACACUUCCUCCCAGACCGUCUAUCACCCCACCGCCAGGCUCAUCCCCUCAGCUAUUGCAGAAAUAUCGACCUCCUGCUGUGGUGUUCACGAUUGAUAAUCGCGCAGAAAGCAGGAUGCCCACCGCCGACGUCCAGUCGUUCAUCGAACAAUUUACAAAGAAUGCCAGAGUCAUCACACCGCCUAUCCAACCAUCCGCCGCGCAUUGCGUCUACCCUAUCGGUGUUAUCAUGUGGCAAAGCCUGCCUGAUUUUUACAAAUGGUACGAAGAAACAACUGGAUCGACCGAGAUUGGACCUUUGAGAUUUGAACUAGUAAAUGCCCAACGGCGAACGGAGAAAGUAUAUGUGGUUCCAAAAGGUAAUCUGAAUUACUUUCGGACACUGAAACAAUACGUCUGGGAUCUAUUCUGGGUGGCGUCAAAUCUGAACAAUGGUCCAUCCUUGUUCCAAGUUUCGAUCUCGCCCUUUCCUUCUCAUGGCGCAAAUCUCCCAUCUCAGCCAUCGACCUGGAAUUCAGUCAAUUCAACAAGCACACCACCUCGAAAUUCUGCUGUCACAAGUCUUGAGAAUAUAAUGGUCGUAGCAGAACCUCAGACGCUCCUUGCAGCAACCUCUUCCCCUCGACCGGCUGAGCCCCCGCUCUCAAAUUCGACAGGUAGGACGAGCAAUAUUGAGCAUAUUUUGAAUAUAAAGGAGGUCAAAGAGGUGAAGGGUGGAGCUAUCAGACGCUCAACAGCACCUGCCACUAAUCAGUCGACUGGAAAAUCCUCCAUCAUCGGUGCCAGCAGCUGCAGCAAUCGGGUUCCUCGCCCUUCUGAGUACAUUCAUGGACCGCCUGGACCUCCAGUCAAUGUGAAUCGAACAUUGUGGGACAAGACGAUGCUCCGGUAUCAUGCCAAUUCACUUCUUGUUGGAAGAAAUGACAUGGAAGUUUUCGGUGAAGAGUCAACCGUCCACGACAAAUUGCCUUACAAGACUGGAGCAGAAGUGUGCGGAGCUAUAGUCGACAAGAAUAGCGGCAAGGGCUUGGUGACGGUCACAGGAAAAGGCUUCAUCACGCAAAAUGUCAUAACGGGACAAAAUGAAACCGGAGAUGGAUACCAAGAAAUCAACAUACAAGCAAAGCAAACCUGCAUGAUCCACGGAGAUGCAGUAGUUCUUUACUACAAGCGACGGACACCUGCGUCUGCUCAGCAUUCCCUACAACCCAACCCAAAGCCGGAAACCCCACAAUCCACAAACUCAAACACCUCAACUAAAGCCAACUGUACCUCUUCCGUCGAAAUCAUCGCUCGACUCCAGAUAGACGGUGCGGGGAAGUUCAGCGCUCCCUUCGACAAAUCCGUUCUCAGACCGAAAGUCGACACCAAGGAAUUCUUCUCCUGGUUCUCGACACAGACCGGAUGUGGCGGUCCCCACGGCCCGCCUUGCUUGAAGUUCACCUUCAAGGAUGCGAUGCCGGUGCCGAAAGCGACGGAGGUGUUGAGAGGGAAUGAAGAUCACUUCAAUUAUAUGAGAAAGGAUGUCAAGACGCAGUAUGAGAAGGCGAAGGCUUACAUGCCGGAUUUGAAGGAGUUUGUCAUCUUGGUGACUGUUCCAGGUUGGUUCACUCCCAAGGGGGAAGAGGAGGAGGAUUGGUGAGCUUGGGUUCAGCAGUCACCUUCUUGCUUUUGCAUUUUGGGUACACGGACACCUACAGCAAACCAUCGAGGCGCAUUUCUGGCUUUCGCAUGGUUGGUCCUAUCGGCUAUAACAUAUAUCCUCUCAUUGACUGCAGAUUGUUUUAUCUGGCUAUCGGUGACCGCUUGGGACGACGAAUCGCAAAGCGCGCGGUUUCGGAUCGAGGAAGCUUACCAGCUGUAUGAGGCUCUGUAAGCAGUUGGGAGCCACCAUCUAAAUGAUCCUUCGCGCAACGGGCAAGGGGGCAUUUUCUAAUCUAUAAUUGGGCAGUUAAUCCCGGAGAUGCAAGUGGCUAAUAGGAGCCAGUUGAUAAUAAGCAAGCAGCCAUUUAGGCAUUGUGUACUUACAUCGAAACUAAAACCCGCUCCUUUAGUCCCGCGACACAG